AUGAGGCACAACACCGCAGCGUACCCAUGGUUUCUCGAGGAGGAUCGUUUCCAAGGCCCUCCCAAGCUAGUCGUUGUGCUGGAGAAAGCGGCAUUGGAGCGGAGCCGUGAGCUGAUAGGAUCGCGAGCGAUUGCCCCACGGCCGGAUCAUCCAUUGCAAAUCACAUUCGACGCACUCGAGACGCUUCUAACCGGCGAGGUCAACCAGGCCGGCCGGCUCGUCGUGUUCCUCCACUCCGCACAGGACGUUUACGUUGAGGUGCAUCCAGGUCUUUGCUUGCCAAUGAGUUUGCAGAGCUUUGCCAAAAUGGUUGCGAAGGUAUUGAAAAGACGGCGCUACACAGGGUCGUCCUGGGAGGCACCAGCUGUGCUGAGGGUCAUUGACGGGCCCUUGCGGGACCACCUCCCGAACGAGUGCCCUUGGUACGCUUUGUCGCCACAAGGUGAGAGCAUCCAGCUAAAGGACUUUGUUAGGGACAUGGUACUCGACAGCCCAUCCGGCCUCAGCUGCCUGCCGGGCAGUUCGGGCGAGCCUGCCGAAGUGGCUAUGCCAAGAGCCUUUGUGUUCUCGGUUGGCGCAUCCAUCGGCGACGCAAUGCGGGUGGUACCGGCAGUCGUGGCUUUGUCAGUCACGGCAGUUCGUGGCUUUCAAGAUGAUGUCCCUGGUGCGCACGGUGGCACGGGCUUCGUAGUUGACGAAAAGAGAGGCCUCAUUCUCACGAAUCGGCAUGUUUGCACAUGCGGGCCGCAGAGGGCGACUGCAGCUUUUGUGGGUUGCCCGGCAGCGGAAGAAGUCGAGGUGUCGAUUGCCUACGUAGAUCCAAUCCAUGAUUUUGCGUUUCUUCGUUUUGAUCCUCUUGGUCUGAAAAACACGCGGCUUUGCCAGAUUCAACUGGACCCUUAUGGAUGCAAGGUUGGUGAAGACAUACGUGUGGUUGGUAAUGACAACCUCGAAAAGCUACAGAUUCUGGCCGGAACCAUCGCAAGAGUUGAUCGCAAUGCUCCUGAACUCAGUGGCGACUUCAACGACGAGAACACGUUUUAUGCGAUGGCUGCCUCAGGGACACGAGGUGGAUCGAGUGGCUCACCCGUUUUGAACAAGCAGGGCAGGGCCAUCGCACUAAACGCUGCGGCCACCAAUGGAACGAUGCACGGCUUCUACUUGCCAUUGCAUCGCGUGGUUCGUGCGCUUCAGCUGAUCCAAGCCGAUGCUCCAGUGACUCGUGGCACCAUCUGCACCUCCUUCAAGUAUAUUUCCUUUACGGAGGCCGAGAGGCUCGGUGUUGAGUCUGCAUUCUUACAAUCCAUCAUUGAAGGUGACGCGAGCUAUGGCGCGACUUUCUCCGAAAGUUGUCGGCCAGGAGGCGUUCUGCAAGUUCGAUCCGUCAUUCCUGGUACCCAAGCUGCCCAGGUUCUUUGCGAAGGGGAUGUGUUGAUGGAAAUUGGUGGCACGCCUGUUGUCGACUUCGUAGUGUUGGAUGACGCCAUGGACAAAGCAGUUGGCAACUGUUUGCCCAUCACGAUCUACAGGAACGGAAAGCUUCACGAGCUGGAGUGCCAAGUCCAAGACUUGCACGUUCUCAUCCCGCACCGGUUUUUGGAAAUUGGGUUUGGCAUUUUCCACGAGGUUCCUUACCAGACUGCGCAGAAGAGGAAUGUAAUUCUGUCAGGAGUUUACGUCGCGACGGCCGGUGCUGUCCUUGGUCAGGCGCUCAAAUCUGACACCAUCAUUUCUGAAGUCAAUGGCCAGCCUACUCCUGAUUUGGCAUCCUUCGAAGCUGCCAUUAUGCAGAUCUCGGAUCAGCAGUAUUUCCAGGUGACGUUCACCACCCCCGGCGCAUCCAGUCAACGCCGGUGCCGAGCAUUCGUCAAAAUGCAACAUCACUGGGGACUCAUGCGGACGUGGACCUUGGCAAAAAAUCGAACUUGGCUGCCGUGUCAAACAGCCACCCUGCGUGAAUCCCCAAGCGUGAAGAAACGAAAGAGACGAAGCUCUGUGUCCGGGUCUUCGACUUCGAGCAGCAGCAAGCGCCCAUCCAGCAAAGCGGCACUUGCAGGAUCAUUGUGCACUGUGACUUUCCGCACGCUGGUGCAGUUUGAUCUUGAUGUCUCUGCGGGCAGCGACAGUCCAUCAGAGUGUGGUGACAUGAUUUGCUGUCGUGGUGCUGGAAUCGUCUUGGAUGCAGAUGCAGGGCUGAUUCUAACCGACAGGGCCACUGUGCCACAGCCACUGGGUGACAUAGAGGUCAUCUUCGAAGACGAGAUGCAUAGCGCUUCCGCCCUCUUCUUACACCCAAUCCAUUCCAUGGUGGUCCUCCGCAUCGUUGGCGGAGCGCCGUCACCUUCCGCAGUCUUCGCGGACAUGCCGCUGACGAGCGGACAGGAAUGCGACCUCGUCGGCUUAGAUGCCCAAGGUCGGCAAGUUUCCGCCAAAGUCCACAUUGAGGAGAUGCGCUCAGUGCAGGUGCCGCAUGCACCAGGACGCUGGCACGAAACAAACAUUGAAGGAGCGGUCAUUCAUGACGCUCCCGGUGAUGUGACAAGUGGAGUUCUAAGCGUCGGAAACAAGAUUUGCGCAAUCUACACGAAUGCCGCGCACCACGAAGAUGGUGAGGUCGUCCGGUUUAGCUAUGGCCUGCCGGUGCACAGGUUUUUUCCCAUCCUCAAGCAGCUGGCGCCCAAGACGGGAUGUCCAAAGCAGCCUGCUAUUGCAUCCCUGGAGGUGCAACUCAAACCUGUCUCCUUAGCCAACCUUCGCCGUCUCCCUGCAGAGCUACGACCCUCCUUCGAGUGGCUAUCGAAGCUGGGAUGUGAAAGUAAGAACGACAAGAAGGCCAAGCAAGCUAAGCGCUCCGGGAUAGGAGGAGCUGUCUUCAUCGACAGCAUCACCGCAGGCGGGCCAUGUCAUGCGCUGGCCCAGGAGGGCGACAUUUUGGCAGCUGUGGGAGGCCACCUUGUCCGAAGCGCGGAGGAAGUGGAGACCAGGCUCGAAGCUUUGAAGGAGAUGGCGCUGAAGGGUCGUCCGUCGAGAAAGUCCAUUGAGGUUCAUGUUGUUCUCCUCCGACGCAAUGAGGAGAUUCGAGCCAAUGUGACAGUGCCCUUCCUGGGCAGCGAUGGUGCUCGGCGGAUUUUGGGUUGGAACGGGCUGAUCGUCCAAGAGACACCUCGAUCGAUGAAAGAAGCUGGACCAGUACCAGCCGGCCUCUGCAUCUCACAAACGCUCCUUGGAUCGCCAGCCGAAGCCUCUGCCAUCGAGGGGAACUUCAUCCUCGGCGUGGACGGCAUCCCAACUCCCAACUUGGAGUCUUUGCUGAGAGUAGGUCAGUGCCGCAAGCAUCUGCGUGUGGAAACAGCAGACAUACACGGGCGUCGAUUCCUAAAAGCUUUGAUGCCUGACCCGCUUUAUUGGCCUCUUUUCGAGAUGAACCAAGAUGAGCAUGGCGCUUGGUUUUAUCAAGAGAUCAAGCAGGCCCCAAGAGGUGUGGCUGAUUUGCAAGUCUUAAAGCUUGUGUCGAGUUUCCUCCUGCAGUGGGCUGGCACAUUGCCUUUGCUUUCUUCCGAUUGA